GACUGCUUCGCACCAAGAUAUUUGAUGACAGAAAAUGAGAUUUAUUUUUAGUCAUAUUCUGGUUCAGUUCAACUGGAUAGAGUCCAGUCUAGAGAGGAGAUUAAUAAUAAAUUGAUAAGAACUGUAUCAGCGUCAUACACAGCUUUUCUGCAGAGAACAUGACAAUCGACUCUUAUUACAUGGACAUAAGUCCUCCAGUAAGGGCGGUCAAUUUAUGUUUGGCGGCGCUCAAUUUGGAAGUAAACAGGAAGGAAAUAAAUCUAUUCAACAGGGAAAACUUGGAGCCUGCUUUUAUACAAUUGAAUCCUCAACACACAAUCCCAACUAUAGUUGAUGAUGGAUUUGUUCUCUGGGACAGUCAUGCAAUCAACGCUUACCUGGUUUCAAAAUACGCCAAAGAUGACUCGCUCUACCCAAAAGAUAUCCAAAAAAGAGCUAUCAUCGACCAAAGAUUGCAUUUUGAAGGAUCUGUUCUAUUUACUCAUGGAGUGAGAUGCUUCCUUCCUCUAUUUUUCGGAUUAUCUAAAACCAUCCCGGAAGAUCAGAGGAGUCAGACAGACCAAUACUAUGAGAUGGUGGACAAAUUCCUCGAAGGCAACACUUGGAUCGCUGGUGAUCAGCUGACUAUUGCUGAUUUCUCAUACAUUUCUACCCUCAGCGGACUUUCAGUACUCAUAUAUCUCCAGCAAAUAUUCACCGGCGUGGAAAAAUACAGAAAUAUUUCCACUUACAUGGAUCGCUGCAAAGAAAUCAUGAAGGAUUACGAUACAGCCAAUCAGCAAGGAGUUGACAAAUACGUUGGUAUACUCAAGAACAUUCUACAAUCUGAAUAAUAUAAUUUCACAUAAGUCUGAGAGUUUUUCAAUAUAUUACAAGUUCAACUUAAUUUUUUUUAUUUCUUUAGUGAACGUUCUUUGUACGGUAAGUGUUUUGUCAUCAACAGAACUAAAUUAUUGUUAACUCAAUUGAAUAUUUCUUGAAAAAUGAAUAAUAAUAAUAAUAAUAAUAAUAAUAUUUUAUUUAUUCAAUACAGUAUCAAACAAUACAAUUGAAUAUCGUCAUUAAAAUGAACUUAUACCUAAUAAAAAAUACUAAUUUUCAUGUUAUACAUAAUAUCACAGGCUAUAGUCACAGUUUACAGUCUUGUAUCAGUCAUAUUUUCAACAUAGUAAUAUUUAACAUCGUUAUUUUAUAAUAUAUUCACAGCCUAAAUAUGAUUGUCACAUAAAAAGUCAUUAACACUAUAAAAACAUUUGUUAGAAAGGUAACUGUAUAAAUCUGUUUUGAAUGUUUUGUUUCUAUGAUCUAAACUACCAGGCAGUUUAUUCAGGAAUUUUGUCCCAAUGUAACUGGUCUUUUUUUCAAACAUAGCUAGCCUAUGAGGUUGCACAGUCAAAUCAUUUCUAUUCCUUGUAUUGUGAGAGUGUACCUGUGCAUGAGUCACAAAUCUAUCAAUAUUUUUUACAACAUACAAUAUUGUUUUAAAAAUAAAAAUGCACGGUACUGUUAAUAUAGACAUUUUCUUAAAAUAUUAUCUACAAGGAUGAUUAAACCCCAGGCCCGCCAAGUACCCAAUAGCACGCUUUUGUAGUACAAAUAUCUUGUUAAUAUUCUGUAAUGUUGUGCUACCCCAGAGCUCUAUACCAUAUGAAAUAUGAGAGUAAAUCAGUGCAUAAUAUAAUGUUUUUGCUGUUUCAUUGGGCACAUACCUAACCAUGUUCCUUAAUACAAACAGAUUACUACUGAUUCUAGUGGCCAAUUCAUCAGUAUGCACAUUCCAUGAGAGAUCCUUGUCUAUCAUUAACCCCAGUAGGUUUGCCUCUGUUACAUUUUCAACCAUUGAAUCGCCAAUACUAAUCAUAGGCUGGAAGAGAUGAUUUUUAGACCCAAAUUGAAUACACUUACUCUUUUGCGGGUUCACUGCCAAUUUUGACUCAUUAUAAUAUUGUGCAACCAAAUUUGUUUUAACAUUAGCUUCUACCUCAAGAUCAUUCAAGUUUUUGUUGUUGAACAUCAAUGAUGUAUCGUCAGCGUAGAGUGUAAUAUUCAAACCUACUGGGACUGAGGCUUGCACAUUGUUAGUGUAAAGGACAAAGAGCAAUGGGCCUAAAAUAGAACCCUGUGGCACCCCUCUUGUAACACUCAAUCGCAUCGAUUGAGCUACAUGAGACUGAGAUUCAACACUGUAACAAAUUGAAACCUAUUUGUCAAAUAGGACUUGAUUAGACAACUACAGAUUCCUCUUAUUCCAAUAUUUGAAAGCCUAUCAAGAAGUAUGUCGUUAUCAACGCUAUCAAAGGCCUUUGAAAGAUCCAUGAAUGUACCGAUAACAAAGUUUCCCUUAUCAACCUGUUCAAUAACAUUCUCAACAAAAGUGACCGCUGCAGUAAUUGUCGACCUACCUUUUACAAAACCAUUUUGACAAGCUGAAAUUAAAUCAAAUUUUUCGAGGUAAGUCAUUAUCCUGGAAUAAAUUAGUUUCUCAAAUACCUUUGACAGAGAUGGAAGAAUAGAAAUAGGUCUAUAAUUUUGUAUAUCAGUUCUAGCACCUUGUUUAAACAAUGGUUUUACCUUGGCAAUUUUGAGUAGAUCUGGGAAAAUACCCGUUUCGAAAGCGUUAUUCAUUAUGAAUACUAGUGGUGGAGCUAUUUCAAUACAACAUUCCUUAAUCACUGUCACUGGGAUAUUAUCAAAUCCAACACUAUUUUUCGUUUUGAUACUUUUUAUUAUUUUUAUAAUCUCAUCAUUAUUAGUUGGAAACAAGAAAAAA